GCCGCCGUCAGAUUCCGUUGGAUGCAUCUGGACGGUGGGGAUCGUCUCUUUCCUCCCCGCGUAGUGCCAAAACCGGCGCAGAAAGAUUCACCUACUCCGCCUCACUGCUACUGACAAUAGUUGGAUGGAGUACAUUAUGAUAUCGUGCGGCGUGCGCGCCUGGGCUCUGCCGGCGCAACGGUACAAGGGCGCAGGGGUCACCGCCGGCAGGGGUGGCAGUGUGGCACCGAAUUCCGGGACCACAUGAUGGCUUGCCUCACCGGUGCGCGGAUUUCUUUUUUGGCAAUUCCCAAUUGCUAGACCAUUUUUAGCCGUAGAAUAAAAUAACCUAGCUGGAUUCGGACAAGUGUCCAGGGGCGUGGAUCAGCAGAUCCUUUUUUUUUUGUUUGGAAUAAUUGAUCAGCAGAUCUGGGCGCGGUGAGAUUUGAAGACUGCUGCAAGGGCCCUCUGGUUACUGGUGACUGGCCUUCACCUUGGCCUGGUCUGCAACUUGCUGUGCUAUGCUGCCAUACUGGUGCUGUGAAUUGUGAAUUUGUGAUGCUCUCUACUAUGCUAGGAAAUGGCCAUGGCAGCCGCCAUGUGCCGUUUGCCAUUUGCUCGUUUUGCCUCGCUCUUGCUGUCCAAUCAGGAAGUUAGGGAUCCUAAUCAGUCGGGCGACCUCGUCUAGUCGGAAUUAAUGCGUAGGAUCAGCACAGCCGAACGUCUCCAUCGACAGAUCAGAUUUGUCUCCGCCUGGACGGCAUAGUUGGCCGGUAGACCGGACACGUUCGAAUCAUUUUGGCCAUGGGAGACAGACAGCAUCUGAGUACGCCUUGUGGAGCACAUGUUCACUGUUCACCAUAACCAUAGUGGAUGGUGCACUACCAAAGGUUUUGGACAGGGACAACGAUUUCAUGAAGAAAGACUAAAAACUGAAUCUUUCUCUUUUUUUUGCGCAGAAGCUAACGGUUUCUUAGAUUUAGUAACGUUCCUUGAUCUCAACCACUGUUCUGUAGCACCUAGUGAGUAGUUGCACGCGCAGAUGAGUACUGGCUGCAUCUGAGCUGAGCUCUGAAUGGUUGGUGGAUAGAGAAAUGAAAGCCUUAAGACUUCAGAUUCAGAUUUGCUAACUUGUCAAAACUGACCGCUCGUACAGGGGCAACGAUUUCCUUGCUGCUGGAUGGUUAUUGGGCAGCUUAGAUUUGACCAUCCAAUGUGUGUGGUAGGAUUUGAUGACCUUAUCAUAUCAGAUGUGGUACCAUUUAUUUUCGUCCCAACUUGCCAUGAAUCUCUUCUCCACACGUUUCUGGUGCUUGUAAUAUCUCUUGCGUGCUGCUUUCCUGGGGUUCAUAAGUACUUUGACAAACAAAAAGCUAGCCGUCCAAUUAUGUGAACUUGUGCAGCCUCACAUGUUUCUCAAGGGGAUUUUAGGAUUGGUCAGUGGCACGUAACAUCACAAGUGACAAGGCCUUCCACUUAUUUGAUCGAUCAACAUCGUUUUUUUUACCAUCCUGGGUCUUGUAAAACUUUUCAUUUCGUUAGUUUUGUGCGGUAUAAUUCAGAAGUACAGCUUUAGGCAGAUCUGAAGCAGAGCGCAUGUGAACUCAUGGUGCACUCAGGAAAGCGAAUCUGAAUUCUGAACAGAAGCCAUGGGCUCAGCACAUGCUGCUGCGAUGGAUGCAAUCCCCAACUUGCUAUGUCACGUAGGAAUAUUUUUAAUCAUGUUUAGCCAAGAAAGUGUCAGCAUCGCAUCAUGUCUGGCAUCCCUGCCACCUUUGUGGAUGGAGACGCCCUCGUGCCUUGUUUUCUUUUUAAUGUGUCUGUGUGGUUGAUGCUCCUCCCGUGCACUCUUAGAAUCUAAGCGACUAAGGGAACAAGAGCCAGCAAAAUGGGUGCUGGUGGCAGGAUGACGGAGAAGGAGCGGGAGAAGCAGGAGCUGCUCGGCCGUGCUGCCGGUGGUGCUGCAAUGCAGCGCUCACCAGUGGACAAGCCACCAUUCACGCUGGGUCAGAUCAAGAAGGCCAUCCCACCUCACUGCUUCGAGCGCUCGGUGAUCAAGUCCUUCUCCUACGUGGUCUAUGACCUCGUCAUCGUCGCUGCGCUCCUGUACUUCGCGCUGGUCUUCAUCCCAGCGCUCCCGAGCCCUCUCCACUUUGCCGCCUGGCCGCUCUACUGGAUCAUGCAGGGCUGCGUGUGCACCGGCGUGUGGGUCAUCGCGCACGAGUGCGGCCACCAUGCCUUCUCCGACUACCAGCUCCUCGACGACAUCGUCGGCCUGGUGCUGCACUCGUCGCUGAUGGUGCCGUACUUCUCAUGGAAGUACAGCCACCGGCGCCACCACUCGAACACGGGCUCCCUGGAGCGUGACGAGGUGUUCGUCCCCAAGAAGAAGGAAGCUAUGCCGUGGUACACCCCGUACGUGUACAACAACCCCGUCGGCCGGCUGCUGCACAUCGUCGUGCAGCUCACCCUCGGGUGGCCGCUGUACCUGACGACCAACGCGUCGGGGCGCCCCUACCCGCGCUUCGCCUGCCACUACGACCCCUACGGCCCGAUCUACAACGACCGGGAGCGCAUGCAGAUCUUCAUCUCUGACGCCGGCGUCAUGGCCGUGUCGUUCGGGCUGUACAAGCUGGCGGCGACGUUCGGAUUCUGGUGGGUGGUGCGCAUCUACGCCGUGCCGCUGCUGAUCGUGAACGCGUGGCUGGUGCUCAUCACCUACCUGCAGCACACCCACCCGGCGCUCCCGCACUACGACUCGAGCGAGUGGGACUGGCUGCGCGGGGCGCUGGCCACCAUGGACCGCGACUACGGCAUCCUCAACCGCGUGUUCCACAACAUCACGGACACGCACGUCGCGCACCACCUCUUCUCCACCAUGCCGCACUACCACGCCAUGGAGGCCACCAAGGCGAUCAAGCCCAUCCUCGGCGAGUACUACCAGUUCGACCCGACACCCGUGGCCAAGGCGACCUGGCGCGAGGCCAGGGAGUGCAUCUACGUCGAGCCCGAGGACCGCAAGGGCGUCUUCUGGUACAACAACAAGUUCUAGCCGCUUGCGGAGCUGAGGCGAUCGCCCAUACUUACCGGCAGGAAUGGGAGGAAAAAUCAGGAAGAGAGAAGAUGGUAAUCGUCCUACCAAGUCCCCAUCUACCUAUCUAUGGUUAGUCAUCAGUCUUUAGACAGGAAAGAGAGCAUUUGGGCACAGAGACGGCUUAAUACUGCAGUGCCAUUGCUAGAUCGAGGUGCCAUCAAGUACAAGUAGACGAAUUUGUCAGUGUAGUGUGCGUGCCCAUGGCGCUGAUCUCUGGGCCGUCCCCGAGUUGUGUUUCCUUCUCCGUGUUCUAGUCGUCGCCGGCGUAGGCUUGCCGGCGGCCGUCGUCGUGGUUGGCGUCAGUGGCCGUGCCUAUGCCUGGCCGCGCGUGCGUGUCUGUCAUUGCGUUGGCGUCGUCUCUCCGUCCCCCCCUCGCGUGCUGUUGUAAAACCAUGUCAUGGUGCUUUUGGCGGAAAUAACAUAUCGUCGAACGGCAACUUUUUGGGUUA